AUGGCCAACAUUCCGCUGCACUGCAACAUUUGCCCCAAGAAGCCAAACUUCAGCGAUGUCUCGCAUCUACUCACCCACAUCGCCAGCAAAGGCCACUUAUCCAACUACUACAAGGUCAAGGUCCGCUCCACCAACGAGGAUGCAUCCCGCCGGCUCAUUGAGACGUACGACCAGUGGUAUGCCGAAUGGGCUGUCGAAGAGCUUAUGUCGGACCGGAUGAACCAGAAGGACAAACGCCGUACCCGCGCGAGACCCGCUGCCCGGCCGACGCCUCCGGUCAAGAUCGAGGCCCCCGCGCCACGUCCUCUACGUCGCGCCGCCGCAAGCGCUCUCCUUGAUCCACGCCUGUCGGAGCAGCAGCACACAAUGAUCAAGCUAGAGCAGUCACCUUCUCCGACGCCGCAACCUCACGGCCCGGUCCUCCGCAACCGCAAUACCUUCGCACCUCAUAUGCAGUACUGGCCUACAGAGUCUCGCGCCAGCUCUCGCAGCUAUACAAACCCAGACUAUGAUACUUCCAGUGAAUACUCCGAUCCGAGCGAGCAGCGUCGGAGGUCAUACCGGUACAACGCUGCGGCUUCGUGUGCCAUUGAAGAUGAACCUGCUGAGGUUGCGGAUCCGAUGGCUGUCAGCGAGUCGACCAAACUCAAAGGCGUCUACUGGCCUGGCAUGGACAUCUUCGACUCUGCUACCCCAGAGAUGCGGCGCAAGAGGAACCAAAAGAAGGACAGCUCUGUCGUCGAACAGCUGGAGCUCAACUCCCAAGUAGUCGAAGCAACUGAGCUCAUCUUCACACCGUUGGGAUCUUUCAAACGCCAGCGCAGGAUCUCGUGCUCGGAGUCUGACGAAGAGGAUGAGGUCGAGAUCAAGACUGAGAGCCCCCAACCUGUACGUCGGCGACCUGCACUCGCCAGUCUUGAUGCAAACACUACUCGCCGCUCUACUAGACAGUCCAAGCGGCCCGUAUUUCCUAUUCUCAGCCGCAACCAAUACGAUGAUGAUCGCGGCCGUCCUGGCUACGACAAUAGCCGCAACAACCGUGCUCCGAAGCGGAAGCAGUUUGACGUUUACCAAGACGAGGAUGACGUUCCAUUCUCGCAGCCCAAUGGCAUGAACUAUCUUACAUCUGGCUUCACUCACCAAGCAUCUCCAUCUCCUGCACCUGCAUUCAACUCUUACAAACCAUUCAACGACCCGUUCCAGUAUGAUAACAAGGAGAAUGUUCUACCUUCGUUCCAUCAAACGGCUUAUGGUAACUUUCAUGGCCACCAGAACAACGCCUACCAGUAUCCCACCUACUCCUACGGCAUUGGGCCUGAUCAACAGGCCUUCCAGUACACCAGCCAUCUCUACAACACUGCAAGCGCCUACCAGCAACAGGACCAAGAUGACGAUGACCAACGUACCAUCACAGCUCCACCUUCGCCGUCUACAAGCUAA